AAGGAAGUGGUGGCGGCCGCCGGAGCCGCGCGAGACCCGGGCCUGAGAUGACGGAGCCCGCGCGCCCCGCGGAGCCCGCGGCGGCCACGGCGACCGCGGAGGAGAACGAGGAUGACAUUGAGUUCGUCAGUGAAGGACCAUUAAGACCUGUUCUUGAAUACAUUGAUCUGGUCAGCAGUGAUGAUGAAGAGCCAAGCACCUCUCAUAGUGAUAGAAUGCCUGAAUCUAAGGUGCCAUCCUCUGAGAAUCAUCGCCCAGAAAAGUGCUCUAGCUGCAGUAUUCCUCUUACCAUGGGAGACAACAGGUCCUCCUCUGGGAGUUGUGCCAACAGUCCACAAAGGAUAGUUUCUCAACUUUGCUCUGUUGAGAACCCAUUGGAGAACCAGAAAAAUAAUCAAAAUAAUUCAGAUAUUAAGAUCUCUGAAACAGAGACACCCAAGUCAUCACAAAGUUAUCAGAUGCUGCCUUCAUCUCCACUUGUGGUCCCCCAAGAAUCUUUGGCCUCUUCUGAAGCCAAAGAGGAUUUACCCAUGGAAUUGUCUUCAGCUCCACAGCAUGGGCAGGAUGCCAUCCUCUAUCUCCAGACACAAGUGGCUGAGAUGUCCCGAGUGAUACGUGAUCUUCAGUCCAGAAGCUGUUUUAGAUUUCAUCAUUCUAGGCCAAGUGAGCACUCCUCACUUCCUUGGGACAUUUCUACCUCUAAGGAAAUGCCCACAGUUGAAGAAGAGACUGAUUGCAGAUCUCCUUCAGCUAAUGACAAAGGACAGCCAACUGACCCUACCCAAUCUAGUUUCACAGGUCUUUUGAAGAGAAUGGAAGAAAGAGGUGUUAUAAAAAGGGUCACAUUACGGUCUGAACCUGAGACAUGUGAAGGGAAACCCGGUUGUGUGACCUCUAAAAAACGCUUGGUUCCUCCAUUGCACCCUCUUUUGAGAAUUGCCACUUCUGAAGUUUUUAAAGAUCCUGCUGAUUGCCAUCCUUCUUCCUUCAUGGGACACAGAGUAUAUUCUGUGUCCAAGGACACCUCUCCUUUUCAACCAAAUCCAACAGUUGAGGGCCCUAUUGUAGAAGCAUUAGAGCACAGCAAAAGAGGAAAUACAACAUCUCCUCUCGAUUCUACCUCAAAAGAAAUGGAAGUCAUGGGUUGUAGAUUCUACCACGCUGCCUCCAUUGCAGCUCGAGCUGCUAGCUACUUGGCUUAUAUGACUCAGUAUCAGCGUAAGCUGUGGGAAGACAUGGAGGAUCUAGUUCAUGAUCCAGAAUUUGAUCGUGGAAAAGCAAAGUGUAUAAUAUCUGAUGGCAUGGAUGCAGGCCUUUGGCAACUUUGUACUACUAGAGACAUAAUGGACUCUGUAGUCAGAGUUAUGGCUAUGGCAAUAGACUACAGAAGGCAAGCUUGGCUUCGACUUACAUCACUCACUAAAAAAACCCAGGAGAAGAUCUUACACUUGCCUUUUGAUGGUACUUCCCUUUUUGGACAAGAUGCAAAUGCUGUGGUUGCAGAACAAAACAGUAUUAAAGGAAAUGAUUAUAAGGAUCAUAAUAGGAAUAACCAGCAUCGAUACCUUUAUAGACAUGAUCAUAAAACACAUCACAAUAGUGGUUACUCCAAAGGGGGUUGGUACAAACCCCGAAACCACCCAUAUAGACAUAGAAAAAAGGGAGAAUCUCCUGAACGCUAUGGGUAUAAGAAUUAAUAACCUGUUCAUCAGCAAAAUAUUUCAUCCUGUUUUCCUUGUUCUUCCCCUAGUCAGACAGGAUCUGUAGGCAGGAGAUCAUCUCAAAAAUUGAACGCAUGUCUGGAGUGGCCACUGCUAAUGCUUGAACUGUAGACUUUUGGAAUGAAGUAAAUAAUAAAAGACUCGUGCUUCAUUGGCCAAGUGAUCAGAGGGGACUUUGCUGCCAGGAGGGUUUCGACCAGAGAAGGACACUCAGGAAUCUGAGUGGCUACAGAAAGAUAUGUAGAUUUCUUCCUUAGAGAAGUCUUGUUCAUAAACUUACGACUGGCAGAUCUUGGAUCUGAAAUCUGCUACUAGACCAGAGGUAAAUCCUUCAUGGUUAGGUUGCCAGUGCUUCCUUGUUCAGGCUUCAGCUUGAUAGAUCUUCAAAGAAUAGUGGAUCUUAGGGUUUUUCAAGAUCAUCCACUUACCAUGCUCUGUGAGACUGCACAGUCAGACAUGAAGAUAUAUGCCAACAGGAAUUGAAAUGAAAUAUUGCUAAAUCUAGUUUGCUUCCAGUUGAAGUGGCUAGAUGUCACAGGUAUCUCACAAGCACCAAACUGAAAGAAGAAUUUUGUCUGUGUAGACAUUUUCAUAGUAACUCUCUUCAAGACUGAUGGCUGCCAUAAUGUCACUACUUAUGAGACUACAUGUAAGAUAAUUCUUGUCAUCAGUUGUAGUAGUCUUUGACCCAUCAAGCUCUCAUAUCAUCAAACUGAGACUGUCAGAGGUCUCUCACUUACUCUGGGCCUUUCACCUCCAUGGCCUUCUUAAACCUGUCUUUGAAACCCUUAAUUCUUUUGAGCUUGGAUGAUGUAUCACACUCCAAAUAUGGAAGGUUUUUGCAUCAGUGCCCUGGAAAUAAAGGAUAUUUCAGUGAUCCACGCUUGUGUAUCUCAACUUUUUGAGAAUAAGAAUUCUAAGCAUGCCUAACAAUCUGAUCCCCUAUUGAAAUGAAGAGGAAUACCAUCAAUCUAGACCUGACUGAAGUCCUUAAGAUGCAAAGCGUGAUUGGGCAUUGUAAAGACAGUGAGCCACACAACUGUUUCUGGAUAUCUAACUGAUACCUGGUAAUGAUUUCUUGAAAUGCUAAAAUCAAGACUUCAGUGACAUAUUCUUGGUUAAUUUGUCACAAUGUAGUCAGACUCAUUAUAAGAGACGACUUAAUCUUUUUGCUCCCUUAGUUUUCCACCAAACUGGAGCUGGCAGCAGAUACCUCAGUUAAAAAUGCUAUUAUCUUCUCUUUAAUCUUGAGACCAUGGCUGUAGGGUACUAGCCCUCAGGUCCUUAUCAUCACCACCUGACUUUGGGAAUGGAGAAAAUGUCCUGUGAGGGGUGGGAACACACCACCUGGUGGUGGCUGCUUGGCAGCCAGUGUUUUUUUUUUGUUUUUUUUUUCUUUUUUACAGACUUACAGUUCUAUAACUUCUUGAUUUGUUAGACAUUUGCCUUUUAAAGAUUGCUUGAUCAAGGUGUUUUGUACUAUUAGUGGAAUAUAGCACUGUUGGAGGAUUUAUGUCAUUUGUUUUCUUCUUACCAUAGUUCUGAUUGACAUGUUCUGUGACACCUACCUUUUAGUUUAUUGGAAUCUCUACCAUCCUAACCAUACUCCACACCCUUUAUGUCUAUGUUGUGUUGUUUUUUUGUCUGUGCCAUAGCAAUUGAAAUAAAAAAUUUCCCUAUUUGGAGGAAAUUAUCUUGCCAGGUAAAUUUAGGGUACUGUAUUAGUCCUGUUCUUACAUGAAGCCUGAAUUAGGCUUGAUAAACAUCAUUUAGGAAAUUUAGCCAGGUUGCAUCCUGAGUUAAUAUUUAACCUUGUAUUUCCACAUGUUCCAGAGUUUUACUCCUCUUUACUUAGUUCCAUGCCAGUGCUCUUAAAACGUUUUCAAAUUGAACUCUAGAAGAGCACUGACUACUUGAAACACAGGCCUAAGAAGUCAUACAUAGAUGUGUACUGUAACAGUGGAACAAUAUUGUGCUCUUGACAUUAGCAGUAUAGUUUGUUUUGAGAAAAGACUAGGCACCUGGAUCUCACUGGAGAAAGAGACCUUGGAGAGGUUUUCUUUGGCUGCACAUAGGUAUUUCCAGCUAGUUCAGGCUAUGUGAAACUUCCACUUUCCCAGUUCUCCCUUUUCUUCUUAGAUAUAUGUUACACAGACUUUACCCUGGUUUUCUAAAAACUAAAACAGAGAAAAGAACACUUGAAAAUGUGAUCUUUCUGGAGCUGUUUUGGCACUUUCAUUUAAUGUGCUUCUACUUCCAACCCCUUUUAUAUUGUAGUAAAAGAAAGCAUGUGAAACUAAGCACCUUAAUUGUCUAGUUCAUCAGUGUUAACUAUAUUAACAUUAUUGUUCAAGCCUUCUUAAUUUGUUUUUCCUUUGGCUUUUUUGGACAAACUUGCUAUCCUUUUCCAUAGCCUCCUGAAUGCUGGGAUUACAUGCUUGUACUAUAUAACACUCAUCUCAAUUUUGGGCAGGGAGUGCAGAAGGACAGUACUGGGACUUGAACUCAGGGUCUUGCUUUCUCACUUGGUUUUUCUGCUCAAGGCUGGCACUCUACCACUUGAUUCAGUUCCUCAUCUCAAAUAUUUCUAACAGGAUUUCUGUCCUCAUAUUUGUGUUGCUCAGUAAUU